UGCAGCAUUAAUAAUGCAAAAUCAUACACAAAAAAAUUAAAAAAGACUCUCUCUCUCUCUCUCUCUCUCUCUCUCUGUGUCUUUGUUUGUAUUAUCCCUCUCUCUCUGUAUCGCUCUCUGUUUGUGUGUAUAGCUAUUGAGUGAGAGAGAGUAUGACUGAAUGUAUGAAAGUGUAUAUUGAACAGUGAACGAAAUAACAGUGAAACAGUUGAAUAGUAGUAGAAGUAGAAGAAAGGAAGAAGAAUAGGGGGUUUUGGGUACUUGGGUUAUAGUGGUUGUCAUGGUGGUGGUGGUGGUGAUGGUUGUGGCAAAUUCCAACUUUCAAUAGUAAUACGUCAGCGUUUUAGUAGUCUCUUCACAGUUCUUCCAUUUCGUUCGCGUGCCCAUCUUUUUAUGCUCACUGUCAGAUCUUUCUCUGUCGUCAAAUCGACUCCUUCUUUGCUCUCUUUUCUGGUUUUUUUGUGGGUUCGGGGUUUUGGGGUUCGUUUCGUUCACUCUCUAUCAUAGUCUCUUCCUUUCCUUUUUUUUUUUUUUUCGCUUUUUUCCCGUCUUUUUCUCUCUCUAGCCUGGGAUUUAGGUUCUUCGUUUUGGGGUUCCCUCUAGAGAUUUUCGGCGUCGGAAUUUUUAUUUUUUUAAUUAAUUUUUAUUUUUUUUUUUGUUUUGUUUGUUUAAUAAAGCAGUUUUUUUUUUUCUCUGUUUCAUUCAAGUUUUAGCCAGGAGAUGCCUUAGUAAGACGAAAGCUCGGUUCAGAGUCGUUCCGGUUAUAAGAGUUAAAAAAAAAAAAAUAUAUUUUGAAGAGCAAGUUUGCGGCAAUGGUGAUGUUUGCACCUGGAAAUGAAGGAGAGACAACGUUGGAGAGCUGAAGAGGACGCAUUGUUACGUGCAUAUGUUAAACAGUAUGGACCUAGGGAGUGGAAUCUUGUGUCACAGCGCAUGAACACACCAUUAAACAGGGAUGCUAAAUCCUGCUUAGAAAGGUGGAAGAACUAUCUCAAGCCCGGCAUUAAGAAGGGAUCUCUCACUGAAGAAGAGCAGCGUCUUGUUAUUCGCCUCCAAGCCAAGCACGGCAAUAAAUGGAAGAAAAUUGCUGCUGAAGUCCCUGGCCGCACUGCUAAAAGACUUGGCAAGUGGUGGGAAGUGUUCAAGGAGAAGCAGCAGAGAGAACAAAAGGAGAACAAUAAGACAGUUGACCCAAUUGAAGACGGUAAAUACGAUAGGAUUCUUGAGACUUUUGCAGAGAAGCUAGUCAAGGAUCACCCUGCCCCAGCCUACCUAAUGGCUACUUCCAAUGGGGCCUUUCUUCAUAGUGACCCAACUUCAGCUGCACCAACUCUGCUUCCUCCAUGGCUUUCUAAUUCUAAUGGCACCUCCACUGUCAGGCCACCAUCUCCUUCUGUUACGUUAAGCCUCUCCCCCACAGUUUCAGCCUCUCCUCCUAUCCCCUGGCUGCAGCCUGACAGAGGACCUGAUACUGCUUCUCUUGUUUUGGGUAAUAUGCCAUCCCAUACAUCAGUCCCUUCUUGUGGAGAAAACCCAGUAGUAUCUGAGUUGGUGGAAUACUGUAGAGAAUUAGAAGAAGGGCACCGCGCUUGGGCAGCACAUAAGAAGGAAGCAUCCUGGAGAUUAAGAAGGGUAGAGUUGCAACUGGAAUCAGAGAAAGCUAGUCGGAGGAGAGAGAAGAUGGAAGAGAUUGAGGCAAAGAUUAAGGCUCUUAGAGAAGAGCAGAAGGUUGCUCUGGAGAGGAUUGAAGCAGAAUACAGAGAACAAUUAGCAGGACUAAGGAGGGAUGCAGAAACCAAGGAACAGAAGUUGACUGAACAAUGGGCUGCAAAGCACCUGCGUCUCUCGAAGUUUCUUGAGCAGAUGGGUUGCAGACCCAGGCUUGCUGAGCCUAAUGGCCGGUAGGUAAUUUUAUCAAAGGUGCUGUACCUAUCAUCGGUUAACCGCGUGGCUCAGUGAGCUAGUGAAUUUGCUUCAUGUCUUUCUCAAAAUAUAUAGUCUCUUCAAGUACAUUAAGGGGUGACUUGUGACCAUUUCAGCUCUAUGUUGAUUUUUUCAUUUAGCCAUUUAGCUGAAAUGGCUUUUACGAAACCCAGUUGUGUGUUUAGAGAACAACCAUCCACAUCUAGCUUUAAUAAAAAAAAUUCAUUAACAAUAA